AAUUUUUGGAGAUUUCUUGUUUUCUUUAGAUAGCUCAGAGAAUAAAUGAAGGAGCUGAUGAUGAUGAGAUUAUAGAAAAUAUACCUGAAUUACAAGGUCUUGAUCAGAAAGAACUAGAUAUAAGACUUGGUGAAUUAAGAUGGGCUGUUAAUAAACUAAUGAGUGUAGCUAGAAUAUUAAAGUCUAGAAGAGCUAGUGGUGGUGGAUUAGAGUUAGAUAGUGUUGAAGUUAGAGUAGAGAUGGAAGAAUCAGAUGUUGAAAACCUGACACCAAAAGAUCAUUUAGAAGUACAUGAAACUAUAGCAGAAUGUAUGAUAUUUGCUAAUCACUGGGUAGCCAAAAAAAUAGUUGAACAUUUUCCAAAUCAAGCAUUGCUACGUAAUCACCCAUCACCCAGACAAGAUCAGUUUGAUAUGUUGAUCAAGUGUGCUGCAUCUAGAGGUUUUAAUAUUGACACUACAUCUAAUAAAAGUCUAGCAGAAUCAUUAAAUAAAUGUGUUGAUGUUAAUGAUCCAACUGUCAAUAAGUUAUUACGUCAGUUAGCUGUUUAUGCCAUGUCUACAGCCCAGUAUUUCUCUACAGGAUCUAUAGCACAUGAUCAGUUCUUUCAUUAUGGUCUAGCUUUAGAUCUAUAUACACAUUUUACCUCACCUAUCAGACGAUAUGCUGAUAUAAUAGUCCAUAGACAGUUAUUAGCAGCUAUUGGUGUAGAUAAUAGUGAUAAUUUACCCAGUAAUAAAAUAUUAGAUGAAUUAGCUGAUCAUAUCAAUAUUAAACACAAGGCAGCACAGAAUGCUCAAAGAGAUUCACAGGAAUUGUUCCAGUCUCUAUAUUUUAAAGAUAAGAAACCUGAUGAUGAACAGUGUAUAGUAGAUGCUGUUAUAUUUCAACUACGUAUCAAUGGAUUCUUGGUUUUUAUUCCCAGAUAUGGUAUUAAAGGGCCUGUAUAUUUAAGAAAUAAAGAAGGUCAAGUUGUGUUUAUUGGUAAAGAUGAAAGACCAGAAUGGACGUCUGGUACAUUAGUUAGAGAUGAUAAAUCAAUCACAGUAAACACUCUACAUAAUUCUCAUAAAUAUUCUCUAUUUCAUCAUAUUACAGUCCAGAUAUCAUUACAAUUAUCUAGAGCUCAUUCAGCUUCUCUUCGUCUAGAACUAUUAGAUAAUAAACCAUUAAAAGAUGAUAACAGUACAUUAUAUGGUAACCAGAAUACAGAUAGAUCAAAUAUUGUAAAGGAAGUACAAAGCACAAUGAUAAAAGAAAGUGAGAAAGAGUUACCUUCUCAUGAUCUUGGCCCGAACUUUGCAGCAUUGAAACAAGAAUUUGGACAGACAGAUGAUUCAAAGAGUCUUUAUCAUAUCUUUGAAACAUUUAAAAAAAUAUCAUUGAAGCCAUUAUGAUUGUAAGACAGAAGAUUUUAUUUGCUUAUUUAUGUUUUUUCCAACUCUAAUUAGAUACAAAGAGGAUUUAUGAUCAUUAUUACGCUGAGAAGAAAUAAAAAUGUAUCACUGA